UUUACAGAACGCAGCGAAAAUUUGCAAUCGCUUAUCAAAAUAUUAGUGCUCAGCUGCGAUCUGUUUAUCCAAUAUCCAUUAAAUGUCUUAAAUGUAGUCGCAAUUAAGAUAUUAUAUCUUCUUUAAAAUGGAGGAUGAAAUAAACGAGUGUAUAAGGAAAAAAGUUCAAUGGAAUCAAUUACCAGGAAACGUGAAAAAGUUGCUGAAUGAUGCACCAAAGGAGUAUGAAAGAUAUAUAUUUGAUUUCAGUAUUAAAAAUCAAUUGAGAUUCAGGGGGAGCUUGGUGAGAUCAGUGCGCAAAGAUGAGAGGAAAUAUUAUGAGAUGCUGGUGCAGAGUAGCAUACAGAGGCUCAUGCUUUACCCAUAUCACUUAGCUGAUAUGAUAGUUAAAGGCCUUAGGAUAACCCCUUUUAUUUACUACAUAGAAGUUGUGGCAUUACUCAUAGAAUCGGAAAAGAGCUAUGACACAAUGCCAAAUUUCACAGCUGCCGAUUGUCUUCGGCUCUUAGGAAUAGGCCGUAAUGAGUAUCUGGAGCUUGUAGCGAAAGCAAGGUCACUGGGUCGUAGGGGCAGGUCUAAAGCAAUUCGGAGCCUUUUGCCCAGAGUGCCCCUCAAUGUGCCCAUGCAACCGUGGUGGAGGGUUGAAUUGGGAUAUGUACUGGAGGAGGAUGUAAAACCUCUGAAUGACGACGAAAAGGCGCUAAUUGAUUUACUCAUCGACCGCGGCUCGCAAACCGCCGGCACCCUUGAUUAUAAUGUUGUCAAGAGUCUAUACAGACGUGGUUUAAUCUACUUGGACGUACCCAUAACGGGAGCUGAUAAAGUCUCGGUGCCACCUCUGAAGGGCUUCGUCAUGAAUAGAAUCGCUGGUGACUACUUCGAGACGCUGCUCUACAAAGUGUUUGUGUCCAUAGACGAGCACACUAGUGUCGCUGAGUUGGCUGGAGUUUUACAGGUAGGAAAUAUAACUAUUAUUAAUCCUGUACUUCCACAAGAAAAUCCGAUUUUAAUAAAAAAAAACAAUAUAGUUGCCAGUCUCUAUCUACCACAUCACGCGUCCUGGGCGCACGCGCUCACCACGCACGCGCACCAGCCGUACAGGCAAAUAGCACCUCUGACGUUUGACCCCAGAUUGGAAGAAGAUGCUUUACAAAUGGAGCCUGUAUUGCUCACUGACAUGCCCUCUACUUCUAAACAAGUGGAGAACUUCGAAAGUAACCCAAAUAAUAGUGGACAAAGAGUCGCAGUGUUAUUUGAUUCCACCUUAGCUGCGUAUCUUAUGAUGGGAAAUUUAUCACCGGAUCUCAAAAGCCAUGCGGUGACAUUAUUCGAGGUUGGCAAGUUGUGUGAUGAAAGCCUCGAUAGUCUUCUAAUGGAGUUGGAUAAGGUUGCCGCAGAUCCAGAGAUCGAAGGAGAAGCUAGAAGGUAUUUAGCAGCGGCCGCCUGUUUACGGAUAGCGCUUCGAACGCUGCGACCUAAAUUGCGUCCGUUAGACCUGUUGCGGUGUGAAGCUCUGCACGCGCUGGAUGCGCCCGCACGGACGAGGCUGCUUGCUACGAAGUAUAGGCUGGCGAUAUCAACGGCGCCGCUGAGCCGCGAGGCGCGCGCGGGCGCGGCGGCGGCGGUGCUGGCGCACGUGGGGCCCGCGCCGCCCGAGGCCGGCUCGCCGUGGAUGCGCCUCUACCUGUACCACGUGGCCGGCUACGGGCCGCCCACGCUGCUGCUCACCAAGGGCACGGUACUGCGCGGCGUGCCGCGCUGCCUGCUGGGCUUCUCGCGGCUGGCGGUGUCGUGGUGGACGGCGGAGUCGGAGGCCCCGGCGCUGCCCGCGGCCGCCGCGCUGGCCGCCGCCAACAGCGCGCUGCGGCGGGGCCCCGUGCUGCUGCAGGCGGCGGGCGUGCGGGCCCCGCCGCACGUGCACCACCUGCCCUUCCCGCCCGCUGCUAUGGACGACAGCGACGACACGCAAUGCCUAUGGCGCAAGCACGGCGGGCUGCGGCGGCUGCUGCGGCGGCUGCGGCUCACGCGCUCUGCGGGCUACGUCGCGAUGGCCGACAUCGGCGUGCCCGACCUGGGCUGUGCGAGGCCGCCGGCCGCCGUGCAACUUGUCCAACCGAGGAAGAAGAAAGAGAUCUGCGGUAUCGCGAAACCCGUCAGUGAAAUAUCACUAUCGUCCAGCGAGUCCGUUGAAAAAACCACAGAGUACACGAAGAGCAUAAACAGUAGACUGCAGUCGCCCAUAGAGUCGCACUUCGCUGUCACCCCGACCACAGACAGCAAAGCGAACUCACCAGCCAACGGUUUCACAAGCGCUGAGAGCGGGAAAUUGCUCUGCGAAGAACUAGAUAGUUUGAACAUAGACACGCACAGGAGCAAAGAAUCCAUAGUCGAUGAAGAUUUCGUCCCCAUACAUUCCACAUCAACCAGUAUUGAAGACUUGAAACAUUCCAAAAUGUCGAUAGAAUCCAUCAACGACGAUCUCGUUCCAAUACAUUCAACGCCAAGUAUCGAGAAUCUGAAGUUCGACAAGAAGGAAGACAAGUUGGCCGACCAGUUGAGCGACUUGUUGAGCCCCGCGGAGGAGUCGGUGUCGAUGUUCACCCAGUUGAGCAACAAAUUGUCCGAGAUUAGCGGCGAAGGUGAUAGCGGUGUUGAUACGGCUCAUAACUUUUCUGACGACGAAACUUGUAAGCCGGAGAAAUGGACUAUACUGGAUCUCCAGUUUGGCAUUCCGCUAUUCGACGAGGGUCUGUGUGAAAAAGUCUGCCAGAGCAUCGUGGACAGGAUAGCUAAGCCUGAAUUGUUAGACAAAAUAAAAGAAGAUAAUGAAUUUAUACGAGCGGACUUGUUAAAGUUCGUUUCGCAGUGUCAGUAUUACCCAGGAGAGGAUAUGGGUAUAGUGAAACGCGGUACGUUAGUGCCGCUGCCAAGGAAGAACCUAGUGUUUGAAAACGGUAGGAUUAGUGAAUGGAAUGGAAAGUGAUAUAGUAUAUUGUGAAAACACAAAGUUAAUAUACAGAAACACUUAUUUUUGGUGCACCAUGUAUGUUAGAUUGUCCAAUAAAAAUUAGGCUUGUAUUUAUUACCGAUUUGAGGGUAGAUGUAAAAUAUAGUAUAUACAGGCAUUUUUUAUUUGUAAACCGUAAUAUUAUAUUGAUUAACAUUAUACUCACAUAGAGUGUUAUAUAUACGAAUGGAAAUUUUUAAAUUCGUUUCUUUUUUAUUCAUUUAUAUUUAUUUGUUCACUUUAUAAACUAAUGAUAAAUUUUGUGUUUUUGUUAUUAAAAAAAAUACCGAAUGUUAGUCCUCCAUGCAAUAUUAAAGUAUAAGAUGUUAUAAACAGACGUAGGUUAUAUUUUUUGUUUCUUAUUUACACGUAUUUAGAAGUAGUCAAUCAAUGUAUGUAUUAUGUGUGAGCAAAGGAUUUUCAUCGAGUGAAGUAUUCAUCAUCAUUAUUUGAACCAUGUCAUAGUAAAUUUUGAAAUACUUAUUUCUCAAUCUUAAGUUUAAGAAAUAGAAAUGAAUGUUCGGUGGAUACAAUAGCAUGCAGCGUUUUAUAUUUUUAAACAAUGAUUUUCUUUUCGACAAAACAAUAAUUUUGACAAGAUCUCCUUCAAAAUAGGUGUCCAGAGUCAUUCCAAGUUUGUAUAAUUUUUUGUACAUGUUAGAUGUCAGUUGUUUUUACAAAACUACAUAUUUCUUUCCAUUUUUCGGUCUUUAGAUAUUGACCAAUAGUUAAAAGGUACUUUAAUAGAAGGUACAAGUUAACCAUAAAACCAUUUUAUGUGUAUCUACACUAAUAUUAUAAAGAGGAAAACUUUGUUUGUUUGGUUGUAAUGAAUAGGCUCAAAGACUACUGGACGGAUUUUAAAAAUUCUUUCACCAUUCGAAAGCUACAUUAUCCACGAGUAACAUAGACUAUAUAUGUACCACGGGCGAAGCCGGGGCGAACAGCUAGUCUGAUAUAAAGCGAUAAAAGAUAUCUAAUUUUAUUAAAUACAAUUUGUUUCAUAUGGGACUGAGAUGUAUAUCUUGAUCAAAGAAAUAAAAAAAAAAAACUUUUUCCUUUCAUUGCUUAUAUAUGUGAUAUAGAUGCAAUAAGACUAUAGAAAGUUAUAUUAUGUAUAUAUGUUAUCAGAAACGCAAUCUAUUUUGCUUUUAGCUUCGUUAGUGUUAGAGCAGUGGUAAGAAAUGAUAUACUUAUAGAAACUUUUUUAUUUUUUAUUUUAUUAUUACAAACUAAUACAAUGAUAUAUGUUACAAGUAAAUGGAUGGAUAUAUUUAUUAUGAGAUUUUUUGAUUAUAAAGUAAAAUGAGAAAUAAAAACAAUUUAAUUUGAAACAUUAAUUACAUUGCUUUGAUUCACUAUUACUAAAAUAUAUGAACAGAAAUUUGUAGGAAGUUUUUGUAAUUAUUAUUUUAGAACAUUUACUUAUUUAUACCAACAUUUAAAAUUAUUAUUCUAUGCAAUUGCAACAAUAUUAGCUUAUAAAAUCGGGCAAUAUUAAAAUUUUCCACUUGUGUUCUGUAAUUUCUUUGUUUAUUGAAUUAAUUUGUUGGAUUUAAUUUUAAAAUAAGCACAAUAAUAUUUUAACAGGCUACUUCGCUCAUCGGCUUUAAAAUUCGUAAAUAAUUAUAUAAU